CAGCUGUUGCCCGGGCCUCGCAAGCUACCUCUUGCCGGCUCCGCCUGACACCGGGGGCCCCGCGCCCCGCCACCUCCUUCCUGCUAUAAAUACCGCGCGGAUCUCGCCUCCGGAACCAGGCCAUCGCUGUUGCCCUGUUUGUUCUUGGACCUCUCUGUUUCAGUUCUUCGUGCUGCCAUUUUCGUCAAGGCUAGCUUCUUCUUCUUCUUCUUCUUCUUUUCUCGCGCAGCCGAUCCGUCGGAGAAGAAGAUGACGAUCACCAUUGAACAGCCUCAGUUCGAUGCGGUGGCGGAGAGGAAGGUCCCCGCCGGCGGCGACCCCGCGGAGCUGGUGCUGGACGCCGGCUUCGUCGUGCCGGACGCCAACGCCUUCGGCAAUACCUUCAGGAACUACGACGCGGAGUCGGAGCGGAAGCAGACGGUGGAGGAGUUCUACCGCGUGAACCACACGAGGCAGACGCACGAGUUCGUGUCGCGGAUGCGGGCCGAGUACGGGCGGCUGGACAAGACGGAGAUGGGCAUCUGGGACUGCAUCGAGCUGCUCAACGAGUUCAUCGACGACAGCGACCCGGACCUGGACAUGCCCCAGAUCGAGCACCUCCUCCAGACCGCCGAGGCCAUCCGCAAGGACUACCCCGACCAGGACUGGCUCCACCUCACCGGACUCAUCCACGACCUGGGCAAGGUGCUGCUGCACCCAAGCUUUGGGGAGCUCCCUCAGUGGGCUGUCGUUGGUGACACAUUCCCCGUCGGCUGCGCAUACGACGAGAGCAACGUCCACUUCAAGUACUUCAAGGAGAACCCUGACUACCACAACCCCAAGCUCAACACCAAGUUUGGGGUCUACUCCGAGGGCUGUGGCCUCGACAACGUGCUCAUGUCAUGGGGCCAUGACGACUACAUGUACCUGGUGGCCAAGGAGAACAAGAGCACCCUUCCUUCCGCGGGGCUGUUCAUCAUCAGAUACCACUCAUUCUACCCUCUGCACAAGCAUGGAGCCUACAUGCACCUGAUGAACGAAGAGGACAAGGAGAACCUCAAGUGGCUGCAUGUGUUCAACAAGUAUGACCUGUACAGCAAGAGCAACGUCAGGAUCGACGUGGAGAAGGUGAAGCCCUACUACAUGUCCCUAAUCGACAAGUACUUCCCGGGCAAGCUAAGAUGGUGAAAAGGGCGGUCUGGACCUGGAGGCCGGCCGGAGGGAACCCCCCAAGAACUGUCCCUAAGAGUCCAUGUACCAUAAUAGGGUACUACUGUACAGUGUACCCAUUUUGUAUCGUGCAGAUCAGAAGCUCCAUGCAUGCCAUGCAAAUUCGAAUAAAACUUGCCUGCGUUUGUUCCUUGCAUGUGUACGGGAAAAGCUAAUAAGUGGGCGUCGUUUCGUUCUAGUA